AUGGCCCACUACCGUUUCGAAAUCCCCUCUACUAUCGAAUCGCUGCGCCAACGCGCCUUACUCCCCUACGACAUGGGCCUCCUACUCGGCCGACUCCACAACUACAUUACCAAGCUAGUAUCCUACCACAUCGACGAGCCCGUCGACUUCCACAACACGCCCCGUAAGCUCGCCAUCCCCACCGAAGAAUUCACCUCCGCCGUUGACGCUCUGAUCCGGCAACUCCGCCUCACGGAUGGGUGCUCGGAGAAGUUCCCCAAUAAAGUGCCCGCUGAUCGAAAGGGCCAGCGUGUACGGCGCAAGUACCAUGAACGCUACACCUAUAUGGUGGAAGCGGCGUUCAAGCAUACGGUGCGGAAGGAGUUGGAGGAUGUGUUCUCAGGAUGGAAUACGGAGGAGACUAAGUUGUUUAAUAAGGGGGUUGAUCGGGGGGUGACAGGCGCGGCGUGGAUGGUGUAUCCCGAGCGCAAUGUGGUGAUGGAGGCGGGGGAGGGGGGCUGGGGCAUUUGGCUUCAGGGCAAGUGUGAGGAGUUGGGGUUUAUUGAGGCGAUGGCGGAUAGACAGGUGCUUGAUGACUUGAAGGAUGUGGACAUUUGA